AUGGAGGCCUGCAGAUCGAGGGCUACUGCCUGCUGCCAUGGCGGUUUUAAGCUGUGGCAAUGCCCCAGAUACAACCUGGACACGCGAGAGCAGCGACUUGCCCUUCUUUGCAUGAUCGCCUACCUGCUUUUUGCGGCAUUCUGGUUCUGGCAUCAGCACGAGCUCGUCAAGUACUCCUCGGAGCAUCCAGCCGUCAGCUACAGGGAGGCUUCUUUCAUGGAUGAGCUGGUGCCCGACUUCAACAUUACAAUCAUUCCUCUGACCAACUUCAACAGAAGCAAGUACAAUUGCCACAUGGGCCGGUCCCAGUUCCAAAUCUACUUCGUCGGCGGCAAUCGAAGUGUGUACAUCGAUACGGAUCAAGGCCCUAUAGGCCAUCUGAAAUGGCAGGACUUUGGAGGAGAUGCCAGGCAAACUGGGCUCUACUACACGGUUCUGCCACUACCAUUCCGCUUCGCUUUCCGAAGAAACUCUGCCGGGGCUGUGGAAGCAUACCAAAUAUUGAAAGAGUGGUGGCUGGAAGGCCUCAAGUGCCUUGAUGGCAAGACCUACCAGCCUACAGAGUGCCCUAGGGAGUCAUCACGCGUAGACUUCUAUUACACGUUCCAUCAAAACAAUGCCGAUGACUCGGGACACUGCGUGCAGGACAUUCACGACCUCUUCGUGACUUCGGACGACGUAAGUCAGGUGCUCAACGAGAGGGCACCUGCCAUGACCUCUGAUUUGGCGGCUUCGCCAGGGAGCAUCGUGCCGAUUCUUGUAAGGUCAUUCAAAGGUGGUGUGUUUAUCCCAGCAAAUCCUGCACCUGAUAGGCCGUCAUGCCGCAACAUUUUGCCAGUGACGACGGUCGAGACUGAUUGGCUUGGUAAGUUGACAUCUGAAGCUGACUUCCGCAACUCGAUGCACGCAUCCGUUCAGGGACUGACAUUGGAUUUUAUGGAAGGCUUCUGUGGCAUGACAAUUCUCCCUGUGACAAAGCGGACGGUUUCAUACUACGUGCAGUACAGACCUAUCGACGCGAUGACCCAUUGGUUCACGGUUAUGCAUGCGUGCUUGGCAGUCAUCUUCUGUCUCUUUAAGUCUUCGCCACAAGUUCCCUAUUACUACAGACGAGGGCGAUGGGCCGAUUCUUAUCGAAAGUUGCUUGAAGCUGGUGCGCAUGAUCUCCAGCUCCGAGACGCGGAAGAUCCGAGAGGAUCGCCUGGAGGUCUCGAGUUGUUGGAGGCCCCAUCGUGA